AACUGUAAGUAAAACGACGUCUGCAAGUGAAGUGCACUGGUUGGUUCAUCCUCGGUCAUGUGGUUCUUGGCACGUUGCGGUGUCUUGUCCCACUUCAAAGUUUUGCAAAGAAGAAUGUCCACAGCUGGGUUUCUAGUAGAAGAACCUAAAUAUGCAUUUCUCAAAGAGUUAGGACUGUCAAAGUCGAAUCUCGGGGUGUACGAUGGCAAAUGGAGAGGAUCCGGCAAGGUGAUAACUUCAGUAUGUCCCGCAAACAAUCGACCCAUUGCGGAAAUUACAACCGCAACGUUGGAAGAGUACAAAACUGCCGUUGACGCCAAUGUAGCCGCUUGGCAGGUCUGGGCCGACUUGCCGGCUCCGGCACGCGGGGAAAUCGUCCGUCAAAUUGGCGAUGCACUGCGACAGAAGAAGUCUCAACUGGGCCGACUGGUUUCACUUGAAAUGGGGAAGAUAGUUGCUGAGGGAGAGGGCGAGGUACAAGAGUACAUUGACGUCUGCGACUACGCUGUUGGCUUGUCGCGAACUUUGGAAGGAAAAUGGUUUCCUUCUGAGCGCCCUGGGCACGCACUACUGGAAGCCUGGAACCCGCUGGGUGCCAUUGGAGUGAUCAGCGCGUUCAACUUCCCAGUGGCAGUCUACGGUUGGAACAACGCUAUUGCCUUGGUCUGUGGGGAUACCUGCGUCUGGAAAAGUGCCAGCACCACAACCCUCUGUGCUGUUGCAGUUUCAAAAAUCCUCGCUAAAGUCUUCGAGGACAACAACCUUCCUGGAGCCGUGUGCACGCUCGUGAGUGGUGGUCCACCUAUCGGUGAUGCAUUGGCCAUGGACGACCGCAUUCGUCUCCUGUCCUUCACGGGUAGCACCAACGUCGGCCGCCAGGUUGCGCUCAAAGUGCAGGCACGCUUUGGUCGUCCUUUGCUGGAGCUGGGAGGAAACAACGCCAUAAUCGUGGACCGCGACGCCGACGUUGAUGUUGUCGUCAGAGCUGCUCUCUUCGCUUGUGUCGGAACGGCUGGACAGAGGUGUACUACGACCCGCCGAAUUAUUGUUCACCACGAGCUGUAUGAUGAUCUGCUGAGCAAGUUGAAGAAAGCGUACACACAAGUGAGAAUCGGAGACCCUCUCGAGAGCUCGACCUUGUGUGGACCCCUGCACACUCCUCGGGCGGUGGAAGAAUACUUGGAGGCUGUUGAGGAAGCCAAGAAGCUUGGAGGCAAAGUAGAGCAUGGUGGAAAGAGGGUUGAUGGCCCUGGAAACUUUGUGGAGCCCACCAUUGUGACUGGGUUACCCCACGAUGCUGCAGUAGUGCACAGAGAAACCUUCGCGCCAAUAGUGUAUGUUCUCAAGUGCAAUGACUUGGAUGAAGCCAUUAAGUGGAACAAUGAGGUUGAGCAGGGUCUCUCAAGCAGCUUGUUCACUCAAAACAUUGGCAAUGUCUUCAAGUGGGUCGGACCCAAAGGCUCGGACUGCGGCAUUGUCAACGUGAACAUUCCCACCAGUGGAGCAGAAAUUGGUGGAGCAUUUGGUGGUGAAAAGCAUACGGGUGGAGGCCGAGAAUCUGGAAGCGAUUCCUGGAAGCAGUAUAUGCGACGCUCAACCUGCACUAUCAACUACACUAAGGAGCUGCCCCUGGCACAGGGAAUCAAGUUUGAGUGAAUCUCCAUUACGCUCCACUUGUGAUGGAUCCAAUUUGUUACGUUAGCCGUAAAGACCGUACCCGGAGCUGUGUGACGUCCUUUUGAGCCGUAAAGUGGUACAGCUCUUUUUUUUUUCAUUCAGUGUGCCAUACUUCAACUGUUGUAUCCUAGCAACUGAAAAUGGGGAAGGUGUUAUUCUGCUGUUAAUUUGAAAGUUCUUUCUCCAUUAGUGGAGCGAGUACGUAUAGCCCUUUCUACGGACUGUCGUGUGGAGAAAGAAUUGUUGCUUCAGAAAUGUCUGGAAAAUAGUUAUUGUCCGUCAAUGUUGGGUUAGUACAUGCAUAUCACAUGUUAAAGUCGAAUCUUUCGUAGCUGUUGUUGCAUUUACACAUUUUAUUUACACUGAGCUAUGCACAAAAAAAUAAAGGUACAAUGAGCUGUGGUAUCGGGCCAAACAGUUAUGUGCCUUUCGAGGUAUUUGCUUAACAAAACCAGUGGGAAAUAAACGUUUUCCUGUUGA